AUGUUCCCGGCGGCCCCUUCCCCGCGGACCCCGGGUCCUGGAGCCCGAAGGGGCCCGCUUAGUGGCAUCGGCCCCGGCUCCACGCCCCGGACAGCAAGCAGGAAGGGGCUGCCGCUGGGGUCCGCAGUCAGUUCUCCUGUUGUUUUCUCGCCGGUAGGCCGGCGGAGCUCGCUGAGUUCACGAGGCACACCUACACGAAUGUUCCUAUACCACUCGGUAACUGAGGCUGUGAACUAUGAUGUGAAGACCUUUGGCUCUUCUCUCCCGGUUAAAAUUAUGGAAGCCCUAACGUUGUCUGAAGUUGAUGAUCAACUGACUGCUCACAUAGAUGAAAGUGGCUGGGCUUCUCUGGUCUGCAAAGAGAAACUCAUUAUUUGGAAGAUUGGUCCAUCCCCUCUUACGAAGUUGUCUGUGUGUAAAGAGCUUCAGCUGCCAACUAGUGAUUUCCAUUCGAGUGCGGACUUAGUGGCUCUCUCUUACUCUGCUAGCUCCGGAGAAGCACAUUCUAUCCAGGCUGUUGCUGUAAUGGUUGCCACCAGAGAAGGAUCGAUCCGCUAUUGGCCAAACCUUGCUCGUGAGGACACCUACACAGAGACAUUUGUGGAUUUGGGAGGUGACAAGACUUGCAGUUUCCUAACAGCAGUGCAGGGAGGAAGCUUUAUUUUGUCCUCAUCAGGAAGCCAACUAAUUCGAUUGAUACCUGAAAGUUUAGGAAAGAUUCACCAGCAUCUCCUCCCUCAAGGCCAAGGCAUGCUUUCCAGCAUUGGUCGGAGAGUGUCUUCUCUCUUGGGAAUUUUGUCUACUAGUAGUGAUCUCACACUUUCAAGUGUCUUUUGGGAUAGAGAGCGAUCAAGCUUCUAUAGUCUUACAAGUUCAAGCAUCAGUAAAUGGGAGUUAGAUGACUCUUCAGAAAAACAAGCACAUAGUUGGGAUUUAAAUAGAGCCCUGAAAGAAAACAUUGCUGAUGCUAUUUGGGGAUCUGAAAGUAACUAUGAAGCUAUUAAAGAAGGUGUCAACAUUCGAUAUUUGGAUCUGAAGCAGAACUGUGACGGCCUCCUGAUCUUGGCAGCAGCAUGGCACCCAUCAGACUCACCGUGUCUCAUAUAUUACUCUCUGGUCACUGUGGGAGAUGAUGGCUACCAAAUGUCAGGUGCUAUAUCGGUAGAAGUUACUCAGUACAAUCCACCGUUCCAGUCUGAAGACCUGAUAAACUGUCGACUAGUGGUCCCAAACUUUUCAAACCAGACGGCCUAUCUGUAUACUGAGAAUGAGAUCUAUGUGUCCUCUACGGGAAAUGGCAGGUUUUCUCUUCCUCGGGAGAGAAUUAGUUUUGGUUCACAAGGAGAUAGUAUUUUAGGAGCUGGGUCCUGUGGUGGAGUUCCCAUUAUUUUUACUAGGAGCAAUGGAUUGAUGUCUAUUAUGUUGAGGGAAAACGUGUCCAUAUUAGCAGAAGAUAUUGAAGAUUCCCUAACAUCCUCAAUUACUAGACCAAGCAAUGAGAAUAUGGUUUUUGAGACCACUUUAAAAAACGAAAUCAUAGCUCAGGAAGAUAAAACGAAGCUGCUGAAAGCUGCUUUUCUACAUUACUGCAGGAAAGAUUUAGGUCAUGCUCAAGUGAUGGUUGAUGAGCUGUUUUCCUCUCACCCGGAUUUGAAUUCCAAUGCGGAACUAGACAGAGCUGUCACUCAGAUCAGUAUGGACCUGGUGGAUGACUACCCGGCUUCUGAUCCGCGGUGGGCUGAAUCUGUCCCUGAGGGGGCACCUGGCUUCAGCAAUACAUCACUAAUUAUUCUGUACCAGCUAGAAGACAAGAUGAAAGCCCAUUCUAUCCUCAUGGACUUUAUUCACCAGGUUGGCUUAUUCCGAAGGCUAGGCACCUUUGCCGUCAGAGGAAUGCCCAUGGCCACUCGACUCCUGCUGUGUGAGCAUGCAGAAAAGCUGUCAGCUGCCAUUGUUCUCAAGAACCACCACGCCAGGGUUUCUGAUCUGGUGAACACGGCUAUACUCACCGCUUUAAACAGACGGGAGUGUGAGAUCCCUGCCAAUCUCACGCCCGCAGAUGUCUUUUUCAGAGAGGUGUCCCAAGUAGAUACCAUUUGUGAAUGUUUGUUGGAGCACGAGGAACAAGUCUUGAAGGAGACGUCAUUGGAAUCUGUUGAAUGGGCUGAGGUGGUGAUCAAUGUGAACAAUAUCCUGAAGGAUAUGCUGCAGGCUGCUGGUCAUUAUCGUCAAAGUAGAAGCUCCUUGUAUAAAAGAGUAGAAGAACCUCUAGAAAAAGAGCCCGAGCACGUUCCAUGGACAGCAACAAGUGGGCCCACUGGUAUUCGAACGGCAAUAGUACGCCAACAUGGGAUUGUUCUGAAGAUGGUCUAUCCUCAGGCAGACAGCAAUUUCCGGAACAUUCUCACAGAGCAGCUGGUGGCACUAAUUGAUUGCUUCUUAGAUGGUUAUGUUUCUCAGCUUAAGUCUGUAGACAAAUCCAAAGAUCACGAAAGAUACAACAACCUGGAAAUGGAAUAUCUGCAGAAGAGAUCAGAUCUCAUAUCUCCUUUUCUUGCGUUAGGCCAGCACCAGUGGGCGGCGUCUUUAGCAGAGAAGUACUGUGACUUUGAUAUCUUGGUGCAAAUGUGUGAGCAAACCAACAACCAAAGUCGACUGCAGCGUUACAUGGCCCAGUUUGCUGAUCAGGAUUUUUCAGACUUUCUCUUCCGUUGGUACCUGGAGAAAGGGAAACGAGGCAAACUGUUAUCUCCGCCCAUUUCUCAGCAUGGACAGCUGGCGAAUUUUUUACAAGCUCAUGAACAUCUUCGGUGGUUACAUGAAAUUAAUAUCCAAGAAUUAGAAAAGGCUCAUGCAACCCUUCUAGGUUUGGCAAAUAUGGAAACUCGUUAUUUUGCAAAGAAAAAAACCCUUCUUGGCUUGAGUAAAUUAGCUGCAUUGGCUUCCGACUUUGCCGAGGACACAUUGCAAGAGAAAAUUGAAGAAAUGGCUGAACAGGAACGUUUUCUACUACACCAGGAUACGCUACCUGAGCAACUACUAACGGAAAAACAGCUGCAUCUCAGUGCAAUGCCAGUGUUGACUGCACCGCAACUCAUUGGCCUGUAUAUCUGUGAAGAAAACAGAAGAGCCAAUGAAUAUGAUUUCAAGAAAGCUUUGGACUUGCUGGAAUACAUUGAUGAGGUGGAAGAUGUAAAUAAAAACGACCUAAAACUGGAAAUCCUUUGCAAAGCACUUCAUAGAGAUAACUGGUCCAGUUCAGAUGGUAAAGAUGAUCCGAUUGAAUUUUCUAAAGACAGUAUAUUUGUGAAAAUCUUGCAGAAACUUUUAAAAGAUGGCAUUCAACUUAGUGAAUAUUUACCAGAGGUGAAAGACCUACUACAAGCAGAAGAACUAGGGAACUUAAAGGCCAAUCCCUACUUUGAGUUUGUUUUGAAAGCAAAUUAUGAAUAUUAUGUCCAGGGACAAAUGUAACUCUUUCCAUAAUUGUCAUUGUUUCUGAAAUGUGUGUGUAUACUACCUAAUAAGAAUUUUUUUUUCUUAUUGUCUAGAAGUUUAUACUUUUAUACAAACUCAUGUGGUUACCCCCCCUUUUUUUUAACCUUAUAAAAUAAAGCAUUCUCUGACUAUAAA